UUUUCGCCUGUAAACGUCCGGGGUAGGGUAAAUUUGUACAUAGUCAAACAUAGUUCAUUAAUUUCAUUGGUUUUAAUUAAAAUGGAAAACCAAGCUGAAAAAGGUGGUGGGAAAAUUAAAAAACGCAGCUCUAAAACAAGAAAACCAUACAGCAGACCACCUAAAAAGUCAAUUUUUACAAGAGUAACAGACUCGGUGAAAAACUUGUUCUCUUCACACUGGUUCACGCAAAGUAAUGAUGCAGCGGAAACAUCAGUAGACGCAGAUACUGAAGAUCAACCAAGUACAUCAAGAUUUGAAUCUCCAUUAGCUUGCCCUUCUUUAUCAACAAAGAGAAAACUGCAGGAAAAUAUUCCAAGUCCAGUGCAGAAGUCACUAAAUCAAGAUGAAUUUAAAAAAGUUUUUGGAAAAUCUCAAUUUAAAGAAAAGUCAAGUCCAUUCUCAUUGGAAAGAGCUGAAACUUCCUCUGUAGCAUCCUCUAGUGGCUGUUCGUCGCAACCGGGUUCUCGAAGCAAUUUAAACGAGAAACCAAAAGCCCCGAGCCUUUGGUCAUCCCUAGGUGGCAGCACGGAGCAACCAACGGAGCGGAACGGUCCCGUGUUCAACUCAUCGUUGUUAGCAAGUGAUGUGGGUUUAACACCAAGCGCGAAACAAAGUUCAUUUUAUUCUGGGCGUGUCUCGUAUGGUGGAGCAAUGAACCAAUCACGGAACAGCAUUUACCAGCCCUCCCCAUAUAAGAUCCCACAAGCCACUAAAGUACAAGUGAGGUCGAAAUCUCGUGCAAAUGAAUCCUCGCUUAAUGUGACCACUAGAGGUGCACCAAUGAGCUCAACAGCGAGGAAAAUAUUGACAACCCUCGAGAAAAUGUCGACUCCACUAAAUGAUGCAAAGAGAAUAGUCACCCACCAAGCUCCUAUAAACAGAUCUAUGUUGUCUCGACAAUCAAUGCGUCGUAAAACAAUUGGACCGUCUAUUCUAUCGUCCAAUAAACCCCCAACCACUGGUAUGGUGUCGAUGGCAGAAGCAACAAAACGUGUUCGAUCACCAAACAUACCACUGAGUAAGGAAUCUGCUACAUGGUCGAUAGCCAAGCGCGUUGCAACGUCCCAACCCCCACCAAACACGGAUAUUCCUCAUGGACCUCCAGCUCCCAUCGCCUCCCUUUCAUCAAGUGCUGGUAUGCGCUCCGGGGGCAAGAUGGUUCGUAAAACGACCUCCCACUACUCCACAAAGAAACAAGAAGAGGAAGACGAUCUUCCUCCUCUCCCACUCCCCUCCGUUCCUCUCACUCUCUCAUCCAACCUCCCUUCUUUUAACUUUGGUCGCCCCGGCAGCACAUCAACCCCCGCCGUGUCAAGACCCCCCCAGCAGCGAUCCGUUGUCCCGAAACAGCCGAUGUACCAAUUCGCCUCGCCCACAGCGCAGGCCACGCUUAGUACAACUACCCCCACAAGUGAUGGACCCACGUUCAGGUUUAGUUCACCAAACACUUCUGUUAAUGAAGGAAAGAAAAUGAAUGAAGGAACUCCCCCAGUUGUUCCAGCCAAGCCUUCUCCAUUACUAAAGAAAGGUGGUGUGAUGGAUAUAUUGGGUAACAGCACACCUUUAAAACCGACAACCAAGAGCUGUGAAGCGUGUGAAACCCCUAAACCUGGUCCAAAACCCAUAACUGCGAAACCCCUGGCUCAAACCAACACAUCUGGUGGUUUUAUGGCCCCCAAAAUGACAACUGACAAAUGGGAAUGUGAUACAUGCAUGAUAAUGAAUGCUAACUCAAGACUUUCUUGUGAGGCUUGUCAGUCGCCUAAACCCGGCAGUAAAUCUGAGUUUGGCGCGAAAUCAGCUGCUCAAACAAGCAAAGUAACUUUCUCUUUCGGGGCGCCGAAAACUGGAGAGAAAAAGUGGGAAUGCGACGGAUGUAUGUUGAUGAAUGAUCCUAAAUUUGAUAAAUGUCCUGCGUGUACAACGCCUAGACCGGGGGCUUCGGCUAAUACAUUAACACAGCCAAGCAAGGGGUUUUCGUUCGGUGCCCCUGCUGCUACAGCUGUGACUACUGUAGCAUGCACUGCACCAAAACCUGGAUCCACAACAUCCACAAAACAAGUAUCCUCUGAAAAAACAUCAGGAUUUAAAUUUGGCGGACCUGUAUCUCAGAGUUUCCCCAAAAGCAAGACAUGGGAGUGUAUGGUGUGUAUGCUGCAUAAUACUGAGGAUAAACAGAAAUGUGCAGCAUGUGAAACCACGCGUCCUGGUGCAAUUAUCAUAUCACCAAUCAAACCCAAUGAUGUCAAAGCAUCAGAUAAAAAAUUGCCAUCAUGGGAAUGCGAUGUGUGUAUGGUUCAAAACAAAGGGGAUUGCAAUACAUGUAUUGCAUGUACCAACCCUAAACCUGGACAAACCAGUUCUGCUGCCAAAGCAACUUUUAAAUUUGGAUUUACCUCCGCGCCUCUUACUGAAACCUCUAAAGACACUUCAACAACAAAAACCCAGUUUAAGUUUGGAGUCCCCACUAAUUCUACACCAGCCAUGACAAAGAGUGAUAACAAGCCAUCUAUACAGCUCCCUAAAUCAGGUGGGUUCAAAUUUGGAGUGCCCGCAGCAAAACCCUCGGAGGAAAAAAGUGCUGAGUCAGCGGAUAAAACGGUGUCAAGUAAGAGAAAAAGCGAUGACACAAAAUGUGAGGAAGUAGCAGCAGUCACUAGUGCUACAACCCCUACUAUAAGUGGUUCAAAUUUUGGCAUCAUUGCUAAACCACUGACUACAGCAAAAACACCUAUUUUUGGCGCAAAUCAAGAAAAACCAAAAGUACCAGGUUUUGGGUCGAACCAGGAAAAACCAAAAGUACCAAGUUUUGGGUCGAACCAGGAAACACCAAAAGUACCGAUGUUUGGAGCUAAACCAGACCAGCAAAAAGCACAAGUUUUUGGCUUAAACCAAGAAAAAACAAAACUGCCAAAUUUUGAUUCUAAUCAAGAAAAACCAAAAAUACCAAGUUUUGGUUCAAGCCAAGAAAAACCAAAAGCAUCAAUGUUUGGUUCAAAUCAAACCACGACAUUCGGACAACCUGCAAGCUUACCAACACAAAUUAAAGUUGCUGAACCAGUGACCACUGUGGUGGCAGAAAAUAAGGCAACAGCUCCCACAUUUUCCUUUGGCAACAAGAACUUGGAUUUCGGAGCAAAUCAAAGUAAAACCACUGAAGUUCCCAAACCUUCUCCCCCUUCAUUUAGUUUUGGUAGCAAACCUGCUAAUCCUGUUGAACCAAAAGCUGCUCCGUUUGUGUUUGGUGCCGCGGCUCCUAAACCAGAUACAAGUCAACUUGAGAAUAAACCAGCAGCUCCUACAUUUGCCUUUGGAUCUAGCAGUGCAGCUCCAGCUUCAGUCCCUCAACAGCAAAAGCCAAAGACUGGUUUUAAUUUCGGUCAAUCCACAGCUGCAGCUAACACAACUGCCUUACCUACUUUUCAAUUUGGGGCCAGCCAAUCAAAACCAACCAAUAUGUUUCAACAAAAAGAAAAUAAUUUUGGUUCAAAUAGCCAAGCAGCACCAGCAUUUGGAAGUACUAUGUCCAAACCCGCAGUGUUUCAGUUUGGUGCGAAGGAAAAUGUGGUCGAACAAAAACCAACCAUCACACCUGCUUUUCAAUUUGGUGCCACAGCGCCUCCAAUCGAAAAACCAACAACUUUCCAGUUUGCUCAAACUGCACCAACACCUACCCCUUCUACUUUUGUAUUUGGCAACCAACAAAACACACCGUCUGCAGGAUUUCAGUUUGGAGCCCAGUCAAGUUCUGGUAUGUUCGCCAACACACAGCCUGUGCAACCACCUGCACCACAGAACACAUCUUUUGCAUUUGGUGCCUCACAACCGCCACAAAACAGCGGCAAUACGAUGUUUAGUAUCGGGACAGCGUCAUCCAAACCAGCAGGUCGUUCUAGCACUCCUGUCGGCCAAAGAACCUACAAAAAAGCAAAUCGACGUUUAAAAAAGCCCUAGAACCUAUUAACUCAAACAGUGCAACAAAUCUACAAGUCUUUUGCGCGCCUAAAUGCACGACGAAGUUUUCAGAUUUUGUACUUCUUUACACUGCCUCGAUUUUCUAACAGCCGUCGUACCAAAACAAAUAAUGUCUUUUCCCCACAUUGCGGUUUUAGUUCCUUUGUAUGACAUCUGCCGUAUUUAUUGUUUUCCGGCUCACCGGGAAUCUAAUGGCAUCGUGACGCAUUGAUGCCUGUCGUGUACAUAUACCGCUGAAAUCAGUCCUUGUAAUUCGCAAAUAAAUGCUUUCUUUGUAC